AUGCAUGCCUCAGCAACUGAGUCUGUUGAGUUAGCAGCAUUUCGAUUGCGUGAUAUUGCAGUAUUGUGGGUGCGUAGAUUUGUGGGAGGGCUUGACGCAGACUAUAUCGAGGCUUGUUCUACCGCUGCGCUAAAUGAUAAUAUGGAUAUCUCGCGGAUUCAGGCCUUUGCACAGGGCAUAGAGGAUUGCCGACAUCGACAGUAUAUGAGUGAGAGGGUCGAGAAAGAGAGACAGAAGAGGGCUAGGCCCGCUGGCCAUAUUGUAUCAGAUGCAGGUAUUGCGAUUGAUACACAAAAGAUUGAGGUCAUAAAAACUUGGCCCAGACCUAUGACUCCAACUGAGUGGAUUGAGGCUUGCGAGCAUAGAUUCCAGGAGCUAAAGGACAGGUUGACACCAGCACCAGUUCUAGCAUUGCCAGAGGGUUCAGAAGGCUAUGCGGUGUACUGUGAUGCUUCUGGGGUUGGGUUGGGAUGUGUUAAGAAGCGGGAGCUACUGCGAGAGCUUCAUCAGUUGGCUAGUUUGGGAGUCAGAUUAUUAGAGGCAGACGAUAGUGGGGUCACAGUUCAGGAUACAGCCGUAUCAUCUCUAGUUGUAGAAGUAAAAUCAUGA